AUGUUGGUUACAUACUGCCUGGCGAUCGGCCCUGCCUUCUUUUUCUUCGCAGACGACAUGAUACUGGGGCUCAAGGUGGCAUUGCUCGUGUCCAUCUGCCUCACCACAAUAUCGUUCACUAUGGUGGCGUGCAGCGACCCCGGCGUCGUGUUCCAGGACUUGGAGGUGGCUAACGACUUGCAUGGAGACAUCGAGACUGGCAUCAUUUGCGCACAGUGCGAGGUCCGACGACCGCUAAACGCGUCCCAUUGCUCCGACUGCGGCGUCUGCGUCCGAGAGUUGGAUCACCAUUGCCCGUGGACUGGCAAAUGCGUCGGAGAGCGCACGAUCAAGUGGUUCUACGUGUUCCUGACCUUCAUCUCGCUGCACUGUAUGCUCAUCGGUGCCGUCUGUCUCGUUACUUUCGUCGCUAGAUAAUCAGAUGCGCCUUGCGCGUU